AUGUCUCGUCGCGCGGUCGACGCCGCGCGCGACGACCGAGUCGUGUCGUGCGAUGACGACGUCGACUCGCGUUCGCUCGCGUCCGAUCCGUCGCGCGCGUCCACGUCGCACGCGGCGACGACGGAUUUCGCCGUGCUCUUGCACCCGACCGCGCACUUCAUCCUCGUCGCCGCGGCCACUAUUGGCUCGCUCGCGCUGUACGGCGUCUUGCAAGAGCGCGUGAUGACGAUUCCGUACGCGCGCGAGCGCGGUGAGAGCGAGGACGUAUUCACGUGCAGCAUGUUUCUAGUUUUCAUGAAUCGCUGGGUCGCGCUCGCGUCCUCGGGGGCGUUGGCGAUGGUGACGGGAUGGGGCGGAGGCGCGACGCGCGGCGGCGCCAAGGAUUACGCCGCGGUGUCCUUUAGUAAUCUCGUCGCCACGGUGUGUCAGUACGAGGUGCUGAAGUACUUGACGUACAGCGUGAGCACGCUCGCUAAGACGAUGAAGGUGGUGCCGGUGAUGAUUUGGGGACAGUUUUUAGGAGAGAAGAAAUUUACGUCGCGAGAAUACUUUGACGCGGCGGUGAUGACGUUCGGAUGUUUCGUCUUCGUCGCCAAUCGUGGUUGGCGCAGCGCGGUGCAGAAGCGAUACGAGGGUGAGUACGACGAAUCGUCCUUGGAAUGGGCCGCCAACGCCGGUUUUCUGAUAUUGGCUGUGUACUUUGUCUUCGACGGCUUCACGUCGACGUUUCAACAAAAGAUGUACCGCCGAGAUGGCGUCACGGUUACGGCACAAGUAUUCUUCACGUCAUUUUUCACAACCGUAUUCGGGUUCGCUUGGCUCGUCAUCACCGACCAGCUUUCGCCCUCGAUUCGGUUCGUGCACGACCACCCAGCGAUCGUUGGCGACAUUUUAUUAUUGAGCUGCGCGUCCACCGUCGCGCAAUUCAGCAUCGCGUACACCAUCAAGAGCUACUCCGCCGUCAUCUUAGCCUCCAUCAUGACGUUCCGCCAAUUCCUCAGCGUCCUCAUCAGCUGCUACGUGUUCAGUUCGCCGCUCAACGUCGUGCAGUGGCUCGGCAUCUUGCUCAUACUCGCCCCCUUGACGUUCAAGCACGUCGCCUUCGCGAAUUGGGCCGAAUCCGCGCACCCGUCGUCGUCCAAAUCCGACGACGAUCGCUUGAACGCCCUGUAA